AUAUUUUUACCAAAUUUUAAUUAUUAACAAUUUAAAAAGAGAGAAUGUUGAAAAGCUUCAUAAGUCCUCGCAAUUGUGACGCCACCUGCACCCGUCCUCCCUGAGCUCGUUCUUCUAGGCCUCGCCCAACGCCGCCGCUGCCUCAGCCGUAUACCUCCCAUCGCAACGCUAUCUCAACCGAUCGCUUGUGCUCAUCGAAGGUUGCUUACAUCUGUAAAGUUCAAUUCCUGUGCUCAAUUUCAAAAUCAAACCCCUGAGCCGCUAACUGUCAAACGUUUAAUUUCACUUGGGUCUGGAUGAACGAGUCAAUGAAACAAUUCCAACAAGGACUCGUUGAGAUUGAAAUAGAAGCUGAAAAUCUUUUGUUAGCACGGCAUGAGUUAGUUGAAAUCGACCGAGUGAGGAAUGGGAACAGGGAAGCUCUAACAGCUUUAAGAAAGAGGGCUAGGACGACUAAAACCAGUGUCCCUUUGCCUUUUGAGUCGAUAAUGAGGGAUGUGGAUUCAAGGCCACUGGUCAAAGAGUUAUGUGCAACUUGUGGUGAUCAUGAUUCUAGGGAGAAGACACUGUUAAUGUUCUCUGGCACUGACCUAUUUGCGAGCAUACCCUUUCAUGCCGCACAUACUAUUUUAGAGAAAGAUCAAGAGCGCCUGGAUUUUGAUUCCAAGAAACUCCAGAGCUAUGUGAAAGAGAAAUCCUUCUUGAUUUCAGAAAAAGGUGCUCUCGCUGACAAGAUAAGUCCUGGUGUGCUGAGAUCUAUGGUGACCUUAUCUGACAAAUCGAAGGUUGAGGGGAGAGAUUGAUCCGUUGCAGUUUCUGUAGGGAAUCUUAUUAUUCAUAGGUUUAUAAUAGCAGAUGACGACGAUUGAACAAACAACCGAAUAUGGAUGACAGCGACUAAAGAAGCUUCACCAAUAAUGAUGGCAGCUGCCCUGUGAGGUUAGACUUUCACCAACCGAGCAGACAUGUUUGGAUAAAAGGGUUGGUUUCUAGCUUCGUCUUUACAUUGGCUAGAAGGGUAGCAAAUUAAUUAUUAAGUAAUUUUGGCAUUAUGGAGUUGCUCUAUUAUGACUGUAGAUGGGGUGCACCCAUCUUAUCUGUCAUUUGAUUUGUUAGGCAAUGUAGGUACUGUGUUUAUUAUUGUUUUGUUUUGUGCUUCAAUGCUUGAAACCAUGUUUGAAUCAUGUGCUUAAAUGCAAUGUGGGAGAAAGACGUUUUCCUGGUAAGCAGCAGUUGAUAAGCUUAAUCAAAGUAGUAAAAUGAUGCAUAGUUCAUCUGAAAAUCUUUGAACGGCAC